CUGAUAUCCGUGAUGAGCUGACCCACGUUUUUCCCAACCAAUCCCCGGUGGAAGACGAAGGAAUGGGGGACAGACCCGUACGCAUCCUCCGCCACCUGACGGGCUUCUGCUCGGGCCUUUUUCUGGUUCUUGGUCUAACAUCAAGAUCGAAAAAACGCAACUGUGCUGCCGUCUUCUUCGUUCCCUUUAGAAACGCAUUAGCUCCCUCAACUGGACUGGAGGACGGUGUCAUCGUUGUUGUUCCUGGCUAAAGCUAAGCUAAUGUGGCCAAUUGUGUCAAAAAACAUUAUUUUUUUCAAAAUAUGUAAUUAUCAGUUAAUGGUAAGUUUCAAGAACACCCAAGAAAGAUUUUUUAAUGUAAAAAAAAGUAAUUCUCAUGUAAAUGUAUUAUUAUUUAUUAUCGGCUAAAGCUAAGCUAACGUGGCCAAUUGUGUCAAGACAUUGUUUUGUUUUCAAAAUAUGUCAUUAUCAGUUAAUGAUACCUUUCUAGAACACUUAAGAAAGAUUUUUUUUCAUGUUAAAAAAAGUAAUUCUCAUGUAAAUGUAUAUUAUUUAUUAUUGGCUAAAGCUGAGCUAACAUGGACAAUUGUGUCAAGACAUUGUUUUGUUUUCAAAAUAUGUCAUUAUCAGUUAAUGGUACGUUUCUAGAACACUUAAGAUAGAUAUUUUUCAUGUUAAAAAAUAAUUUUCAUAUAAAUUUAUUAUUAUUUAUAACUGUGAUCCAUAUUCAUUGUAAAUUUUUAAUCAGGAGUCACUUCUUUUAAUUUCAUGGUUUCUAUUUACAGUGCAUUUAUCUACCAAAUCUUUUGUAAGAGUUUUGUAAUUAAUGUACUCUGUUCUCACUUAUGGCACAAUUCAAUAUGUCUGAAAGGGAGUAGGGCGAAGCAGCGUUUAUUUCAUCCCUACAUUGAAAGGGAAUGAUUAUAAUGUUCUUUGGUGUCAUAUUGAUGCUUAUGGGAGGAGACAUCCCAGGAUUCCUCCAGCGAGCAUGCAACUGGGAGGUGGUGUCAUGAGGACGCUUUGUAAUUAGUCCUCUCCCUCACUCGAGAUCCUGUCGAGACCACCACCACCACCAUCUCAGGACAGAAGAAACACUGACAAAAUAGCAUGUAAUGGAACUGGAGGAGAUCUGAUUGGUUUCAGUCACCCAUUUUGUGGCUUUCUGAGGACGGUCCAGUCUCAGUUCUAUACACAGCUUUGCAUCCUGGGAGAGGACAGUUGUACUUCUGGAUCAUAAGAAGGAACAACGCCAAAACGGAAACAGAAUGGACAACAAGCCAGCUGUAAUUCUUCUUUUGACUUUAAUGGUGGGAUCCCAAAGCGAGACCCCAGAGAAACAUCCCCCAAGCACCGCAGAUAUCAAAGCGAGUCGUUGCUCCUACACUUUCAUCGUUCCCCAACAAAAACUAUCUGGAGCUUUAUGCUUGGACACGCAAGCCGCCUCCGCCGCCCACCAGUCGGAGAUGGCUGCAAUGCGAGUGGAGCUGAAACGCCAGCAGGGGCAGCUGGAGAACCUGCAGGCCCUGCUGGAGCAAGAGGGCAACUUCGCCAUGGAGAUAAGAGCCCUGCGGAAAGAGAGCAGCAGCAUGAAUUCUCGCAUCGCUCAGCUCUAUAGCCAGCUGCUGCUGGAGGUCAUACACAAGAAAGACCACGUUUUGGAGCAGCGGAGGGUGGAGAACCUUCUGCUGAAUGCGACAACGCAUGCGCUGCAGGUCUCCAGUAACUUCAGGGAGCUGGAGAAGAAGUAUGGAGCCCUCACGUCAUUGAUGACCUCUCAGAGCCAAUUAAUUGCCCACCUGGAGAAGCAAUGCCGAUGUACAGACUCCAGCCAGGCUGACCAGGUGGUAGCGACCGACCCACCAAAAAGCCCCUCCGGUGUGCAUCUUAAUGACAGCUCUGAAAUCAGUAAUGAUCUUCAAAGGGACCAAAGUGCUUCUCUGCAGCAGGACAAUCCUAUGGGAGCGCAUUUGAUUCCCGUCACACCAGCCAGUCCUCCUACAGAGCAUCCUGUCAUUAGUUUCCCUGUCACCAAGACGCCAGGGCCGUGGCGAGACUGCCAACACGUUCUGGAAUCCGGCGAGACGACCAGCGGGAUCUACCUGCUUCGCCUGCAGAGCGCCAACCGACUCCUGCAGGCCUGGUGUGAACAGAACCAGGCUCAGGGAGGCUGGACGGUCAUCCAGAGGAGGCAGGAUGGAUCUGUCAACUUCUUCAGGACCUGGGAGCAGUAUAAGCAAGGCUUUGGGAACCUGGAUGGGGAGUACUGGCUGGGAUUGGAGCACCUCUACUGGCUAACCAAACAAGCUAAAUACAAGCUACGUGUGGUCCUGGAGGACUGGCAGGGUCGGCAGGUGUUCGCCGAGUACGACAGCUUCCGUGUGGAAGCGGAGACCGACUGGUACCGGUUGCGUUUGGGACAGUAUCGUGGCAACGCGGGCGACUCCCUGACAUGGCACAACAACAAGGCCUUCACCACGCUGGAUCGAGACAAAGACGGUUACUCGGGUAACUGUGCCCAUUUCCAGAAAGGAGGAUGGUGGUACCACAUGUGCGCCCACUCCAACCUCAACGGCGUAUGGUAUCGGGGCGGUCACUACCGCAGCCGCUACCAGGAUGGAGUGUACUGGGCGGAGUUCCACGGAGGCUCCUACUCCCUGAGACGGGUUUUCAUGAUGGUCAAGCCCACUUAGUGUCUUUGCAUAGUGAGCUUGUGUCCCCUCUUUAGAUGAAUGCUGCUUUGGAGAUACAACAACAACACUCACCAAUGAUGUACUGGGAUGAGUCUUACUUGUUUUGUUUUUAGUUCCUGUUUUUUUUAA